AUGACUUCUCAAGCGGAUUUGAUUGCGCAAGCGGUGUUAGAUCAAUUCCACAAGUUGCCUGCGAAACGGAAACCUGCCGUUCGCGAUAAUGGUUUACACGAAUGGGUUCCCUUGAGUGGCAUCGUCGCUGAAAAGAAUGGCGUCUUAACCUGUAUAGCUUUGGCAACCGGCAUGAAAUGCCUUCCGAUAUCGAAAAUAGCACAAUCGAAUGGUGUCGGCAUUCAUGACUGGCAUGCCGAGGUCUUGGCCAUCAGGACAUUCAAUCGCUUCUUGCUUGAUGAAUGCCAUGGGCUUCUUGACAGAGACGAUGAAGAAAGUAUACUGCGAAGGAAGAAAGGCAUGUUCGACAGUGAUGGGGUUUCUUUGCAGCUCUUUGAGAUCCAAGAGGAUGUGAGACUGCAUAUGUACUGCUCAGAAGCACCAUGUGGCGACGCCAGCAUGGAACUCACAAUGGCUGCCCAAAAAGAUACAUCAGCGUGGAAAACACCAACUCCCUCAACCAGAACUCCUAAUCCAAACGACGACGCAUCUUUACUAGGAAGAGCCUGCUUCUCUCGAACCGGGAUUGUCAGGCGGAAGCCUGCUCGAGGAGAUGCACCGCCAACACUAUCCAAAUCCUGCUCCGACAAAUUAGCACUUAAGCAGUGCACCUCGCUCCUUUCGUCUCUCACAUCGAUCUUCAUUGACCCAACUAACGCAUACAUCCACAGCAUCGUAUUGCCAGAAUCCCAAUACUCUGAUAUUGCUUAUCAACGUGCCUUCUCAGCUGAGGGUAGAAUGAAGCCGUUGGUUGGUAAGGUGUGGCCAGCAGGUUAUUCAUUCAAGGAGUUCUCAGCUCUGACAACAGAUCUGGAAUUCGAGUUCUCUAAAAUGGCCGUAAAAGCUCGCUCCGAUAGAAUCUCAGCCAGCAAUCUUGCAGCUACAUGGUCAUUGUCAGGAUUUGAAGAGAACAUAAUUGGCGGGGUUAUUCAAGGCCGGAAGGCUUUCAAGACAGAUGCAGCAAGUCGCACAUCCAGACGAAGCAUCUGGGAGGCAGCCAGUGACCUGGCCGAAAGACUCGACGAGUAUUCCGCCACGGCACGACAUGUGACCGCCAGUACUUAUCGCGAUGUAAAGCAAGGACAACUGACAAUUCACAGAAGAAGAGUAAAAGAUGAGACGCGCGAGACAGCACUGGUUGGGUGGAUUAGGAAUGACGGAGGAUCAGAUUUCCAACUAGAAAAGCGUAGCAAUCAUUGA